AUGGACAACGUCCCAGGCAGUGAGAUGCUCGUCGACGAAUAUGAGCAGUAUCACAAUGACAGAACCGACGAAGUCGUCGUCUCUCGGUCCGGAUCGGAGGAACCGGAGCCAGAGCCUCUUGCCGACGAUCAUGCAGCAAUGAUGGCCCGGAUCCUCCCGAAAGACCCCGAUUUGGAAACAGAAGAUGAGACAUAUCACACAUGGCAUAUCCAGGAUUGGCGGAAACUCAAGAAGAAGGAACACGGCCCGGUCUUCCAGUGCGCCGGCUUUCCUUGGCGGGUCCUUUUCUUUCCUUACGGUAAUCAUGUCGAACAUGCAUCGUUCUACCUGGAACACGCUUGGGAAAACGAACCUCCAGCGAACUGGUAUGCCUGCGUCCAGUUUGCUCUGGUCCUGUCGAAUGUGAACGACCCGUCCAUCUAUAUCUCUCACGUCGCCACACAUCGGUUUAAUGCGGACGAGGGUGACUGGGGAUUCACUCGAUUCUGUGAGCUGCGCAGGCUCUUUAGCGUGCCAUGGGAGGGCCGCGGCGUUCCUCUGGUGCAGAACGAAGAGGCCAAGAUCACAGCAUACGUGCGUGUCGUCAAAGAUCCAACAGGUGUACUGUGGCACAGCUUCCAGAACUACGACUCGAAGAAGGAAACUGGCAUGGUUGGGUUGAAGAACCAAGGCGCAACUUGCUAUCUGAACUCGCUCUUGCAGUCCUUAUACUUUACCAACAAAUUCCGAAAGGCCGUCUACGAGAUCCCCACGGAGGCCGAGGCUUCGAGAGACAACAGUGCUUGGACUCUCCAGAGACUGUUUUAUAAUCUUCAAACGAGUGAGAACUCUGUAUCAACGACAGAACUCACAGCAUCUUUCGGCUGGGAAUCGCGACAAAUCUUUGAGCAACAGGAUGUCCAGGAGCUUUCGAGAAAACUCAUGGAAAGGAUGGAGGAGAAGAUGAAGGGUACGCCGGCAGAAAAGGCUCUACCGGAAAUGUUCGUCGGAAAAACGAAAACUUACAUCUCCUGCAUCAAUGUCGACUACGAAUCGUCGCGAGUGGAGGACUUCUGGGACAUCCAACUUAACGUUCGAGGCAACAAGACUCUCGACGACAGUUUCAAGGACUACAUUCAGGUGGAGACUCUCGAAGGUGAGAACAAGUACGAUGCCGGACAACCAUACGGUCUUCAGGACGCCAAGAAAGGUGUAAUCUUUGAAAGCUUCCCGCCUGUUCUGCACCUUCAUUUAAAGCGAUUCGAGUAUGACAUUCAUCGUGACGCCAUGAUGAAGAUCAACGACCGCCAUGCCUUCCCCAUGGAGUUCGAUGCGUCCCCGUACCUUUCCAACGAUGCCGAUAAGUCCGAACCCUGGAUCUACGAGUUGCACGGUGUGCUGGUGCACAGCGGUGACCUGAAUGCCGGUCAUUACUACGCCUUCUUGAAGCCUACCAAGGAUGGGUUCUGGUACCGGUUUGACGACGAUCGAGUGACCCGGGCUACGGACAAGGAGGUGCUCGAGGAGAACUACGGUGGUGAAUACGAACUAGCCAACGGCGCGGCCGGUGUCAGGCAGCCUUAUACCCGCGGGCUGUCAACGAAGCGCUCAAUGAACGCCUACAUGCUGGUAUACGUUCGGAAGUCGAGAUUGGAUGAUGUUCUCUUGCCUAUAACAAAGGAGCAAGUUCCCUCCCACAUCGAAAACCGACUCGUGGAAGAACGUAUUGAGUUGGCGCGCAGGAAGAAGGAGAGAGAAGAAGCCCACCUGUAUAUCAAUGUUGGCGUAUUGAGCGACGAGUCUUUCCAGGCCCAUCACGGAUUCGACCUCACGAGUGCUGACCUGCCAGCUACUGAUCCUGCGGUGCCGAAGCAAUACAGAAUUCUCCGGGCCAAGAAGGUCGGAGAGUUUGCACAGCAGCUCGCAGAGGAGAAGGGACUUAAUCCUGAGCAGGUUCGUUUCUGGGUCAUGGUGAAUCGGCAGAACAAGACGACUCGGCCGGACCAAGUCAUCAAGGACCAGGACAUGACUGUUGAGGAAGCUUACAACCGCUAUGGCACGAAAGGAAACCCGUUCAAGGUCUGGAUGGAGGUGGGCCAGCCUUCCGCAGACGGAUCAAUCUCUUGGCCGGAUAGCAACUCGGUGCUCGUCUUCUUGAAGCAUUUCGAUGCACCCUCGCAAACAAUCGCGGGUGUCGGUGCCGUCUACGUGCGCAAGACACAGAAGGUUGCUGACCUUGCCCCUAUCAUCCUCGAGAAGAUGGGCUGGCCUGCUGGAACCGAGUUCAUGCUGUUCGAAGAGAUCAAACAUAACAUGAUCGACGUCAUGAAGCCCAAGCAGACCUUCCAGCAGUCCGAGAUUCAGGAUGGAGACAUCAUCACCUUCCAGAGAACGAUUAAGGAGUCCGAGCUACCGGCAACUGCAUUGUAUACGGACGCAAGGCAAUACUACGACUACCUGUUGAACAGGAUCAACAUCACUUUUGCUCCGAUCAAGGCAGAUGAGGGCGAUGAAUUUACACUUACGUUGAGCCGUAAGAUGACAUACGAUCAGUUCUCGAAGAAGGUCGGCGAGCACCUGAAUGUGGAAUCGACACAUCUGCGCUUCGCACCGGUCCUCGCAAGUACUGGCAAGCCGAAGGCGUUCAUUAAGCGGAACCCCAAUCAACCCAACCAAACCCUGUAUCAUAUUCUCGGUGGGCAAGCAACAACCUAUGGAUACAGCAUGCAUCGUCAGGAUGCCCUGUACUACGAAGUUCUGGAAACUAGCUUGAGCGACUUUGAGUCUAAGACCUGCUUGAAGGUUACAUGGCUCCCUGAAGGCAUCACCAAGGAGCAACUGGUGGAGGUCUUGGUUCCUCGAGACGGUACCAUCGCAGAUCUCGUUGCCGGCCUUCAGAAGAAGGCAAAUUUGGAUGACGAGACGAUCCGCGAGACACGCGUCUAUGAAACCCAUGGUGGCAAGAUCUACCGGGAAUUCCAGGCUGACUCGAAGAUCGCUGGCAUUAACGAAUUCGUGUCGCUCUACGCCGAAAGAGUGCCCGAAGAAGAGGCCAAUAUGCAGGACGGCGAACGGACGAUAAAUGCUUUCAACUUCGACCGCGAGGUCAACCGGCCGCAUGGUGUGCCUUUCAAGUUUGUUAUGAAGCCGGGCGAGAUCUUCAAGCAGACCAAGGAGCGGCUGUCUAAGCGGACCGGCAUCAAGGGCAAGCAAUUUGAAAAGAUUAAGUUUGCUGUGGUGUCUCGCAAUAUGUAUUCCAACCCGCGCUAUGUGGAAGACGAUGAUAUCCUCUCCGACAUCAUCGGUGAUUCCGACGACCUGCUUGGUCUCGAGCAUGGAACGCAUACCAUUAUGGACAUAUGGAGGACAUGUGUUGCCCAGGCGAUUCAGCUUAUGAAGACAAAUUUUCAAAAACAACAUACUUUAUACAUGAUGAACAGAUGCGAAUUAUUUCGAUGUGUUGUGGUAUCGGUCUGUCGGGUAGCUUAG